GGGAGUGGGACGAGACAGAAGCAGAAUUACAUCAAUGCAAGUAAAAUAACUCUAGGCGUGGGUUGAAGAGGUGGCUCAAGAGCUAAGAGCUCUUGCUGCUCUUCAAGGGGACAAAGCUUCAGUUGCCAGCACCCAUGUUGAGUGAUUCACAACUACCUGUAACUUCAGCUCUAGGGGCUAGGACACCCUCUUCUGGCCUCAGAAGGCAUCACAUGCAUAAAUACAUUAAAAAAAUAACUGUAGGUGAAUAUUAAAAAGCAGUGUUUAUUAAAAGCUUUUCUGGGACCUCAUCAAUAUAUUAAAAAAAAAUUGUUCUUGGGGAGAGAAAGCACAUGGAGAUCAGAAGACAACUUUUGAGAUACCAGGCGUGUGUGUGUGUGUGUGUGUGUGUGUGUGUGUGUGUGUGUGUGUGUGUUUUCCAGGGAUCAAACUCAGACUGUCAAGCUUAGCUUACCCGGUAAGGAUUUCACCCAUCUUGUUGGGCUAAGAGAAAUUUUUUAUUGACCCACUCCAAUGAUGUCUCUCUUCUUCUUUCAUUCCUACCUUCUUCCAAUUGUCAGAGCACCCCAAAACGUUCUCCAUGUGUUUGAUACUUACUCUCACAUUCAGCUCUAAGUUUUUCUUUCCUUAUUCAAUUUUACAAAGCUGAGUAGAGAAAAUAUUUUCCUAAAACAACCCGUCCUCAAAAAGCAAUUUCUUCCUUAAUUAUGAGGAAAAAGAAAGUCAUUGAGACUUUUAUUCAAUAGUUUCAAGCAUUGUGCCUUAUCAUAGCAGUCUUUACUUGUCUAGAGAGAUCAAAUAGUAUAUAAUUUAGUGUUGGUUUUUUAAAGAAGGAAUACAAAUAUAUUUUUGCAUGUAGCAAACUGUAAUGGGAAGGAAAUUAAUGUUUAUUUUAAAGGCUGCUGGACUGGAUGCUUACUAGUCUUUACGGUUGACUGCCUAUUUGCUAAAUAUUUUCAUUAUAUAUACUUAGUAGACCUGUACUUACAGAUUUGACAUGCAUUAAAGAUUUGGACUAUCGGGAUUGGGAAUUUAGCUCACUUGCCUAGCAAGCCCAAGGCCCUGGGUUCGGUCCCCAGCUCCAAAAAAAAAGAAAAAAAAAGAAAAAAGAUUUGGACUAUCCCUAGGGAUUUAGUGACCAGGGACAACUCCACCCUAAGCAAUUUUUAUGUCCACGAGUACCCCAUCCUUUCUCCACAAACUAUCUUCCAGAGUUCAGACCCAGCUUUGUAAGACUGGACCUUUAGGAAAUUUUGACCGUGUUUGUGCAAUGUUUUCCAAACACGUCUGUUCUUUAACAAGAGGCUUGGAUUUGGAGAAUGCUUACUCUCAAGUUUUUGGGGUAUCAAUCCUCUUCCCGUUUUUUUCUCCCCAAUUUCCGAUCUGAGAAGAAAAAUACACUAUUGAGAGGCGCUAAAAUAUCUUCGCUUCCUCCAUGGACAGCUUAAAACACGAUGUGACACAUUCUGAACUGACUUCCUCUAGGAAAUGAGAUGCGCGAGGACCCCGGAAGUGCUGCAUGGGCGCUUCGGUCCCGCACAGGCUCAAACCUCCCUUCUGACGCAUGCUCACACCGGCUCCGUGCUCACCCUUCUGGAGAGGGCCACCCCGUUGUCCCUCCCUACCGGACAGAGAGGAGGAGUUACGGUUCUCACUUGAAGCUCCGCCCCCUCCGUGACGUUUAGAGGCGCGACCCGUCGCACGCAAUGCGAAUCGGGAAGAGGGGAUGAUCUGCGCUGCUUUGCGUCUGAGAACGGAGGCUCGUUCUCCUUCUGGUGGUGGGCGAUGGGCGUCAGGCGAGAAGGCCGGCGUUAGCGGAGCGCGGGCGCUGCGGAAAGAACUACUUUUCAUGAACCACAUUAUCCGUUUGUUGAAGUAGAAAAGCAAGAAUCAUUCAUCAUGCCUGCUGUAGCUUCAGUUCCUAAAGAACUCUACCUCAGUUCUUCACUCAAAGACCUCAAUAAGAAGACAGAAGUUAAACCUGAGAAAACCAGCACCAAGAAUUAUAUACACAGCGCUCAGAAGAUUUUCAAGGCAGCAGAAGAAUGCAGACUAGAUCGUGAUGAGGAAAGGGCCUAUGUGCUUUAUAUGAAAUAUGUGGCGGUUUAUAAUCUUAUCAAAAAGAGACCUGAUUUCAAGCAACAGCAGGACUAUUACCUUUCAAUACUUGGACCUGCAAACAUCAAAAAGGCUAUUGAAGAAGCUGAAAGACUCUCUGAGAGCCUCAAACUGAGAUACGAAGAGGCUGAAGUUCGGAAACAGCUUGAAGAAAAGGACAGACGGGAGGAAGAACAGCUGCAGCAACAGAAAAGGCAGGAGAUGGGAAGAGAGGAUAGUGGUGCGGCGGCCAAACGCUCCGUGGAAAAUUUACUGGAUUCCAAAACCAAAAUCCAAAGGGUCAAUGGAGAGAAGAGCGAAGGAGGUGCAGCAGCAGAGAGAGGAGCAGUCACAGCAAAGGAGCUAUAUACAAUGAUGAUGGAUAAAAACACAAGCCUGAUUAUAAUGGAUGCUCGGAAAAUACAGGAUUAUCAGCAUUCCUGUAUCUUGGGCUCUCUCAGUGUUCCUGAAGAAGCUAUCAGUCCAGGAGUCACUGCCAAUUGGAUUGAAGCAAAGCUUUCAGAUGAUUCUAAAGACACGUGGAAAAAAAGGGGGAGUGUGGACUAUGUGGUCCUGCUGGACUGGUUUAGUUCAGCGAAAGAUUUGCUGCUCGGGACCACGCUACGGAGUCUGAAAGAUGCUCUUUUCAAGUGGGAAAGUAAAGCUGUCCUGCACCAUGAGCCCUUGGUGCUGGAGGGCGGCUAUGAGAACUGGCUCCUGUGCUAUCCACAGUUCACAACAAAUGCUAAGGUUACUCCACCCCCUCGGAGCAGGCCUGAAGAGGUGUCUGUCUCAUUGGAUUUUACUUAUCCCUCACUGGAAGAACCAGUUCCUUCCAAACUUCCUGCCCAGAUGCCACCUCCUCCUUUAGAAGCAAAUGAGAAGGCACAGUUGGUAACUGAUCAAGAUGGUAAACCGAGACCGUUAGUCCAGUCGGCUCUAGCCGGACCCAGUGUGGCUCCCAAAGCUGAAGCUUCACCCAUAAUUCAGCCAGUGCCUGCUACAAAGAAUGUUCCACAGGUUGAUCGUACAAAAAAACCAGCAGUUAAGUUGCCUGAAGAUCAUAGAAUGAAAUCUGAAAGUACAGAUCAGAGUGGAAGAGUUCUUUCUGACCGAUCCACCAAGCCAGUAUUUACCUCUCCAGCCACCAUGCUAACAGAUGAAGAAAAGGCUCGCAUUCAUGAAGAAACAGCCCUUCUUAUGGAAAAGAAUAGACAGGAGAAGGAACUGUGGGAAAGGCAGCAGAAGGAACAGAAAGAGAAGCUGAGAAGGGAGGAACAAGAGCGCAAAGCUGGAAAGACCCAGGAUGCAGAAGAACGGGACUUCACUGAGAAUCAGCACAAAGCAAAGGAUGGACAAGAGAAGAGAGACAGCAAACAGACCAAGGCAGAAGACAGAGAGCCCCCAGCAGAUGGGGCCCAGGACGCCACAGGAACGCAAAGACAAAGUAAGAGUGAACACGAUGCUUCCGAUGCUAAGGUAUCUGUGGAAGGUAAAAGGUGUCCCAUGUCAGAAGUGCAGAAGAGGCCAGCAGAUGUGUCGUCUGCAUCCUCCAUGUCGGGAGAGCUGAGUGCAGGCAAGGCUCAGCGAGAACCUUUGACAAGAGCAAGAAGUGAAGAAAUGGGGAGAAUUGUGCCAGGACUGCCUUUAGGCUGGGCCAAGUUUCUUGAUCCAAUCACUGGGACUUUUCGUUACUACCAUUCACCCACAAACACGGUUCACAUGUAUCCGCCUGAGAUGGCUCCUUCGUCUGUGCCUCCUUCCACCCCUCCCACUCACAAAGUCAAGCCCCAGAUCCCUGCUGAGCGGGACAGGGAGCCAUCCAAACUGAAGCGCUCCUACUCCUCACCAGACAUCACUCAGGCCCUGCAGGAGGAGGAGAAGAGGAGGCCAGCAGUGACCCCGACAGUCAACCGGGAGAACAAGCCGCCGUGUUACCCUAAAGCUGAGAUCUCGAGGCUUUCUGCUUCUCAGAUUCGGAACCUCAAUCCCGUUUUUGGAGGAUCUGGACCAGCUCUUACUGGACUUCGUAAUUUGGGAAAUACUUGUUACAUGAACUCAAUAUUACAGUGCCUGUGCAAUGCUCCACAUUUGGCUGAUUAUUUCAACCGAAACUGCUACCAGGACGAUAUCAACAGGUCAAAUUUGUUGGGGCAUAAAGGUGAAGUGGCAGAAGAAUUUGGUAUAAUCAUGAAGGCACUGUGGACAGGACAGUAUAGAUACAUCAGUCCAAAAGACUUUAAAGUCACCAUUGGUAAGAUUAAUGACCAGUUUGCAGGAUCCAGCCAGCAAGAUUCACAAGAGCUGCUGCUUUUCCUCAUGGAUGGCCUCCACGAGGAUCUAAAUAAGGCUGACAAUCGGAAGAGGCAUAAGGAAGAGAACAAUGACCACCUCGAUGACUUUAAAGCGGCAGAACAUGCCUGGCAGAAGCACAAGCAGCUCAAUGAGUCCAUUAUUGUCGCACUCUUUCAGGGUCAGUUCAAAUCCACAGUGCAGUGCCUCACCUGUCACAAGAAGUCUCGGACAUUCGAGGCUUUCAUGUAUUUGUCUUUGCCACUAGCAUCCACAAGUAAAUGUACUUUACAGGACUGCCUUAGAUUAUUUUCCAAAGAAGAAAAGCUUACAGAUAACAACAGAUUUUACUGCAGCCAUUGCCGAGCUCGGCGGGAUUCUCUAAAGAAAAUAGAAAUCUGGAAAUUGCCUCCUGUGCUGUUAGUACACCUGAAACGAUUCUCCUAUGACGGCAGGUGGAAGCAGAAACUGCAAACGUCCGUGGAUUUCCCAUUAGAAAAUCUUGACCUGUCACAGUAUGUUAUUGGCCCAAAAAGCAGUUUGAAGAAAUAUAACUUGUUUUCUGUUUCAAACCACUACGGCGGGCUCGAUGGAGGCCACUACACGGCCUAUUGUAAAAACGCGGCGAGGCAGCGCUGGUUUAAGUUUGAUGACCACGAGGUUUCGGACAUCUCCGUGUCUUCUGUGAGGUCGUCAGCAGCUUAUAUCCUGUUUUACACCUCCCUGGGGCCACGCGUGACUGAGGCAGCCACAUAACAAGGCGUAGGGUAUGGGGUGACAUUUCUACAUUGCAGCAGCACAUCUAAUGCUUAGAGAUCAUGGCUCGCUGCAGCCGCUAUGCAGAGGAGCCCAGAACACUGGGGGCUGUGCUACUAGCACCAUAGAAUUCAGGUCAGUGCUGUUUAUCAAAAAAGAAAGAAAAAACCCUGACAUUUAACAACUAUCAUAGUGCACAUUCCUUACAGGAAUCAUUUAUUUCAAAACAACUUUUUGAGUCUGCCCCAAAGUUAAAUAAUUCAUUAGCCAGACAUUUAUUAUUCUAUUGGUACCAAACCAUUGUAACCUCCAUUUUCCUAUCCACUGCUCUAGCCUCUUCCUACUUCUGUCCCAGCUCGACCCACUGAACUCUCUAGAAUGGCCUAACCCAGAUAGGAAUGUAUGUGUACAUAUUUACUGCACUGCUGCACAUCAGACCACUGUACAUACUUAACAGAUCCUCUGUGGACGCCUAGAAAGCAUCCGUCCUUUUUCUUCCCACCUCUUCUAGGUAGCUGCAAUGCUUCCUUAGGGAAAUGACAGGGCAAAAUUAUUUUUCUGUUGGCUUCCGGCUGUAUUUGUGCACUAAAUCUUUAUUCUAAAAAAUGGAAACUUUAAUUUUUUAAAAAUAAUUCAUUUACAUCUACAUUAAAAUCUUAACGAGGAAAACUCAUUUGAAA